UGGAGUUGGUCGCACGCGCACGCGACCGCGAGUCACCGCGCAGUCCACCAGGCACCGGUACCGCGCGCGCACUCACGCACCACUCACGCGCAUCGGAACGACUCAAUGCUGACCGAACUUUUAAUUAAAUUUUGAUAUCGAUUUAGCUGCGUUUAGCAGCCUUAUCAGUGAUUUGAGAUGGCUAAGUGCCUCGUGUUUGUGAUCGGUCUUCUUGGACUUUGCUGGCAGGUUGGCUGCGGGCAGCACAAAUACGACAACUACACUCUUCUGCGCAUUAUACCAAACCAUGACCAACAUCUACAAAAGCUGUCGGAGCUCCCCCUAGACGAAGAAAUCUCCCACGGAGAAGUGGAAAUACUGAAAAGAAGUUACGGAGUGAAUGACAGUACAGAUGUUUUGGUGUCUCCCAACACUAAGAAGUUGUUUGAACAGUUUGCAGUUAAAAAUGGAAUGCCAAUUUCGACAAAACAUUAUUACGGCAGGUCAUUUGAAGCACUAGAACGUGUGCCGAGGAGACGAUUGCGAGAAGGGUUUAGUGUAUAUGGCUAUAAUAGUUUCGAUGCUAUUAACAAUUACCUAGAUGAUCUCUCGUUUCGGAAGCCGGAGUUAUUUAAACUGCAGCCCUUGGGGUACAGUUACCAGCGACGUCCCAUGCGUCUUGUCAAGAUCUCUAAGGACCCGAGCGCUGGAAACCCUAUCAUUUUUAUUGAUGCAGGUAUCCACGCUCGCGAAUGGGUGGCGCCCGCUAUGGCUAUGUACAUCAUCCACCGACUGGCGGCCGACAGCCGAGCCCGGGAGCUGGACGGCCUGGACUGGUACAUUCUGCCCGUGGUCAACCCAGACGGGUACGAGUACACGCGCAGCUCCCGAUCUCAACGCUUAUGGAGAAAGACGAGAUCGAAGACUGCACGGGAAUGCUACGGAGUUGAUGGCAACAGGAAUUAUGGCUUCAAGUGGGGCGUCAGUGGGGUGUCCAACAACCCUUGCGACAAAGAGACCUACGCCGGCCCCAAACCCUUCUCCGAGCCAGAAACACAGAUGGUCCGCAAUGUCAUGAUGGAAAAUCGCGAUCGGAUCAAGCUAUACGUGUCACUGCACGCUUAUGGACAGUACUUGGUGUAUCCUUGGGGAUAUACUGGCGGCAGUUUACCAAAGUCAUGGAGGAAGCUAGAUUCCCUGGCGCGGAAGGUGUCUCAUGCUGUGCAAAGAGCUGGUGGGCAACCGUUCAAAGUUCUGAGCGCAGGGCAGUGGUAUCCCGCAGCAGGAGGCAGCGACGAUUACGCGUUUGGUGCCGUAGGAAUUCCCUAUUCGUACACAAUGGAGCUAACCGACGGUUAUGAAUUUAUCUAUCCUGAGAAUAAUCUGGCCACAGUUCUACCGCAGCUGUACGAAGGUUUUAAAACAUUCGCAGAGGAAAUAAAACAGGAAUUUCGUAAUCGUUAAAAUUUGUAACUUAAGGAUGUUCUCUAAAUUUAUAUAAUUAUGCACA